AUGGAGUAUUUGAAUGAACCUACAGUUCAACAGAUACUAGGAAAUGAUUUGUACAGUUAUUUCAAAGAGUCUGACGAAAAUGCAGAAAAAGUCUAUUUUACAGAUGAAAAUGCUAAAAAUAAAGAAUCGGAUAGCGAAAAUUCAGUUGUAAAAAUUGGUUUAACAACCAAACAAGCAAUCGAUCGUAUUAUAAGCAAAUUAACAGAAAUACUAUCUAAUUAUAAUGAUAAGAUAAAAUUAAAGGAUUUAUUUCCGGAAUUGGUCCAGGUUGAUAUAGCAUUGAACGCGACGGCACUGCUUAUCAACAUCGGUAAGAUGUUCGCAAACGUUUACUGGGAGUUCGUGCUUGAGUUUCUGCUGUUGUUGUUUUGGUUGAUACUAAAUGUGUAUGUUAAAAUUCUGUUUAAGGUGUCCAAAGUCUAUAGAAAACGUAACCGCCUGUUGGAAAUUUUACACUUCCUAAAGUUUGAAUUCACAUACCCGAAUCCAGAAUCUGACACUAAAAAGUAUAACAUCGAUCCGUCGUCAUCUGAUUUUAUCUCAGUUUACAGGGAUUAUGACUGGGUGAGACUGCCGAGGAACAUCCUAGUGGAAGGAGAUGUUUACAAGCUUAGAAUUAACGAAACCUUCCCAUGCGAUUCAUUGCUUAUCUUGAACGUUAACAACAAUGACUUGGUUACGCAUAAUGAGAUUUAUAGAGAAGGAGAACGAUGUAAUUUCGUAGGAACCCCAGUUGAAAACGAGCACUUUUUAGACGGAACAUUUGUAGCAUUAAGCGAUUCGUUCUUAAAGUACAUCAACUAUUACCUAUUCCAUGAUCAUUCCGACUAUCAGCCGAAUUUAGAACUGCCAAGAAGAGAAAGCUCAUGGUUCAGAAAUAACCAAGAAGAGACCAAGAUCAUAUGGAACUAUAAUGAUAAUUACAUCUUCCUAAACAACAAUAACAAGAUUGUAAUAGUAAUUAUUAUAAUAGUGACUUUGAUACUAAACCUCAUGUGGGCAAUACUGUACAAUGUUGAGAGUAAAUUCAGUACAAUAAUAACCAUGUACCGACUACUGAUCAUGUUACAGUUCGUCGGUCUCGACCCGUUCAGCAAGUUGUCGGAGUUGUGGGGAAACGUUAAGCUAAUGGCAAUAUUCGACUUGUAUCAAGAGAAUAUGCUUAAGGAUUUGAACCCAGUAAGAUCAGUAAGUUCAUCGAAGUCACUUCUGAGUUCCUCAAUUUUCGGAUCUGAAUCCUCAGACAUGAUGCUAAGCGAAGUAAAAAUUUCGUUUAUGCAAGUUAAUAAGGUUCUAAGACUUGGUUUGUUUGACGAACUUAGCCUAAUAAGGCGACUUUCAACAAUCACUCUACUCUCAUUCAUUGAUGAUGUGGGCAUUCUGUUGAACAGUUAUCAGUCACUACAGGAAAUUUCAAUAAUAUCCAAAAAUACCCAAAACACCACAAUCUCAAGCCAUCUCCAUGAAUCAAUUCAUCACCACGAAAACUCUCAACAGGAUGAUGGUGUAUUUAUACGCCUGUCUACAACAGAUGAAAGGGAUUCGGCGUUGAACAUGGCGAACAUCUUGGGGAACGUAUUUGAACAGGACGUGGUCGAGGAUACGGACGAGCUGCUGAUAUUGGACAUAUACAACGACAUAGACUUGUACGGGAAAGACAACAGCGCCUUCAUAAACGAUUAUGAGUUGAAUAAUAAAAAUUUGCUUAAACCACUUGUAUUCUCAAUUGCACUUACCUCGAUACUUAACAUCAAUAUGUAUCGAUCAAGUCUGUUCAAUAGUUAUAUGUCAAUGCUCAUAAACAAUGAGCUUGCCAGUUACACAAACUGCUUGUGUAACCUUAACACGGUGUUCAAUUUUAGGAGAUAUUAUCUGAAACACUUUAAACUGCUGAAGUUCAUAGUCAUAAAUACUUCAGGAAUAACUUACAGUACAGAUAUCAAAAGUGGAGCUCUGGAUAGUAAUGACGACUCCAUUGUCAUUUACUUUUACAGAGAUUUAAAUAAAAGGGUGAUACAGAUGCUAAUAAAGUGUAGGAUUACCAUACUUAACGAUUGCAAGCUUAACUUCUAUAACGGUAAUGUUAUUAAGCCACUCAAUAGAGCGUUGAGGAGGAAGAUAUCAGACCUGAACGUCCAGUGGCUAUCGAAUGGAAUCGGGUCGUUUCUAUACCUUUAUAAACCAAUUUCAAUUGACGACUACAACAUUCUCCAGGUUCUUUUACCCUUCUCGACCAUAUAUAACAAUUUCAAAACUCCCCCAACUACCAAUGUUGGUAAUACUGGUCCAGCCACAGCACCAUAUACAGCAACUGCUCAAACUGGAACAGAAACAGGAUUUGGAACUAGGAGAAAGAACAAUAAGCUCAUGUUUCUGUAUAGACAUAACAGUUUGUAUUAUAAGUACAAAGGGAUUAACAUUUACAAACUGUCAAACAAGUUUAAAAACACCAUUUCAUCGGAAGCUUUAGCUCACAAGGACAUAAUCCUGGGAAGCUUUAUAGGAGAAAUGCUCAAGUCAUACAUCAAAAAUUCCAUCCUACUAGGUAUUGUAGGAAUAAAAUACGAGGCGAAUAAGGAAAUAAACUCAAAGAUAAACGAGUUGCAUAAGUCUGGAAUAAGAUUCGUGUACUUCUCUAAGCAUAAUGAAAAGCACACCAGAAUCAUUGGAAGUCUUUUUGGACUUGAGAUCUCUUGGAACUCAAUGAUUUCACUUUCCACAUCAGAAACGUCAUCAUACAUAAACCAAGAGGGCCAUAUUGUGUUACCUAACGGAAUUGAUAAUAUCAGACAGCAUAUAAAAUAUGUCGAUGAUAUCCCAUUGCAGGUGUCGCUGUUUUGUAACUGCAAUUAUGAGAAUAUCAUUGAAAUGUUCAACAUACUGAACGAGAACAACGAGAAUAUAAUGUGCAUAGGCUCAGGCCUGAAUAGUAAUAACUUUUAUUUAUUCUCAAAUGCAUAUCUGGCAUUCGCAAUCUCACUCAACUAUCACCCUCUGUGCAAAUUCUGUAAAUGUAAGAGGUGGCAAGGAGUAAGUAGGCAACACGUGAUUGUGGAAAGUAGGUCAGAAAUUAUAAACGAAGGAGACUCGCUGUUUGAACUAUUAUUUGAGCUGUUUAAAGAAAGCAGAAACACUUCAACUAACAUACAAGAGGCUGUGUCUUUCAUGCUUUUGUCAUAUUACACCAUCAUCACAAUGUAUUUUAUACAAUCUCUCUUAUCUCUAACAUCCGUGUUCAAUAACUUUGAUUUAAUUUUAAUCAUGUACUUUUACAUACCCCUAAUUUCAAUCACACUCCUCAAUAACCCAAUCAUGGACAAAAUUAUGGAGCAGUUGCCUAACAAAAUCGAAAGCAGCAAUAUAUACUACAAAUACUACUUCAGAAUAUAUAGCAGGAUCGUUGUGUUCGCCCUAUUCACGAUGGCCACUCAUUAUAUAAAUAUAUUUUACGUCAAUAAUCAUUUGAACGCAACUUUUAUGCUUAAUAACCAGCCCUGCAAGAAUUUCUUCCACUAUCCUAAAACACACUGUAUGAAUCUGCUAAGUAAGCACUUGAACUACUCUCAGUACGUGUGGUUGAUACAGAACUUCACCUCCAUUGUUUUUGUUAUAUUUCUUAUCAUAUCUUCCAUUUUCUGGAUUCAGAAAUAUACUUUUUUGGGCAUCUCUUGCUUUUUAAAUUACCAUUGGUUGUUUAUUUCCUUUUUAAUAUGUUUUGUCCAUGUUGGAAUUGUUUCUCUCAGGCUUUAUUUGAAUCCCAUUGAAGACUUCAAGGUUAUUAGAAUUCUAAUUACCAACUCCAGUCUUUCUCUUUUAUUCAUUGUUCCGAUUCUUUUAAUUGACCAGGCUAUUAAGCUUUUCAUUAUUAAGGACAAAAACACUCAGCAGAAGUUCCUACAGCUUCUCUUCUCCACUAAACUGGGCACUUGGUCCCCCAAAUGA